UGUGACAACACGUACGGGGCGCUCUCGUAUCUCAGAGUCAGUUCGUUGCCUUCACGCACGCCGUGUGCUCAAUGACUGCGCCUAGUGGCUGUCACCGAUGCUUCUGUUUCUGUUUUGAGGCAGAAUACAUUGAUUGAUAUAGAAGAUAAUAAGUUUAUGCGAUUCAAGACCAUUCAUGCAAAAUAUUUCAGAAUAUUUAGCACUUUUGAAAUUGAGGUCUAACGUUACGGGAGAGAGGCUAGUUUCACUUGCAGCCAUGAUGGAACAGGAACUUUCUUGCCCCGUCUGUCGGGGCCUUUACAAUGCCCCGAUAAUGUUGCCGUGUGCCCACAAUAUAUGUUUGAAUUGCGCUCGUACUCUUCAGACGAACGGCGGACCAACAACCCACGGUAACCAUCACACCCAUGGCCAUCCGGAGUACCUGGAUUAUGGAGAAACUGACCGGUUGAGUGAGGCAGACAGCGGGGUCGGUUUCUCAGGAUAUGCUGCAAGUGCGGCCAGCUCCUCCUCGAAUAGCUCCAGUGCAAGUGCUGGCUACCCAUCCAUCCACGUUGAUGCACUCAGGGUCGUCUGCCCGCAGUGCCACCGGUCUAUUUAUCUCGAUGAAACUGGGGUUCUAAGCUUACCGAGGAACAGGGUUUUAGAAGCCAUUGUUUCCCGCUACGCUGGGCAGGCCAAGAACUCCGUGGUCAAGUGCGAACUUUGCGAGGGAGACGCAAAGGAUGCGACUGUUUAUUGCGAACAGUGUGAGGUGUUUUACUGUACAGGAUGCCGUGAAAAUUGCCAUCCGGCCCGCGGCCCCCUGGCGAAGCAUAGCCUGAUUCCACCGGUGAAGGGCAAGAUCAAGGCCAGGGCUAAGGCACAGGGGCAGCAGCCUGGUAAAGCAUCAACAUGUACUGAGCAUAACGAGGAGAAUCUUAGUAUGUAUUGCAUCUUGUGUAAGCUGCCGGUCUGCUACCUGUGUCUCAAUGAAGGGAAGCAUGUCAACCAUGAUGUGAAGGCACUUGGAGCUAUGGCAAAAACACAAAAGGCGGAGUUAUCGCAGACCCUGACAUCGCUGACUGAGAAGGCGAGGCAAGCCAAGGACUUCUUGGUCCAUCUUAAAGAAAAGGUCAAUCAAGUUCAGGAAUGCACAGUGGAGUUUGAAGCAAGUCUCGUUGCCAAGUUUGAUGAGUUGAUUGAAGCCCUAAAGAGAAGGAAGGAGCUGUUGAUUCGACAGGCGUCAGAAAUCAGAAAGAACUCUGCACAGGCCGAGGCCUUUAGAAAUGUGGUGCAACGAGAGCGCGAGUUCAAGACCAAGAUGAUCAAGAAUCACAUUGGACAGUGCAGCUGUAAACUGAAGCAGACUACCGGACUAUUGGAGUACGCUAUUGAAGUCAUGAAGGAACAGGAUCCAGCAUCAUUUCUCAUGGUGUCUGGCGCAUUGAUUAAUAGAGUCCGCAACACCGAGAUGUCUUGGAAGAAGGAGAUGAUCUUGGAGCACCGGGUGGAUGCGGAGUUUGAUCUGACGCUGGAUAGCGGGCCGGUAUUAAGGGCUAUUGAACGGCUUAACUUCAAAGAGAUGAAAGUGCCUGAUCCACCAAUCAUCAUGCCAGAAAACUGCAGUGCUGAGAAUAACAGCGUCACCAUAGCUUGGCAGUCACACCCAUCCAGCUGGGUGGAAGGCUAUGUAUUGGAGCUUGAUGAUGGAAACAAUGGGGAGUUUAGGGAGGUGUAUUAUGGCCGAGAGUCAAUCUGCACUGUAGAUGGUCUCCAUUUUGACACUACAUACAAUGCUAGAAUCAAGGCGUACAAUCACGCUGGAGAAGGAGACUACAGUGAGAGCAUUUGUCUUCAGACUGCAGAAGUUGCAUGGUUUCAACCGGACCCUCGGACAGCCCACCCAGAUAUCAUCUUCACCAAUGACAACAUGACACUGACUUGCAACACGUACGACGAACGUGUCACCCUCGGUAACGUCGGCUUCUCCAAGGGGGUACACUACUGGGAGAUCACCAUCGACCGCUACGACAACCACCCCGACCCCGCAUUCGGCGUCGCCCGCUUCAACACCGCCAAGGACAUGAUGCUUGGUAAAGACGACAAGUCAUGGUCCAUGUACGUGGAUAAUAACCGUAGCUGGUUCAUCCACAACAAUGCCCACGCCGACCGGACUGAAGGAGGGAUCGACGUCGGCUCGGUGGUCGGGGUUCUACUGGACCUCAAUAAACACACCCUGAGAUUCUAUAUUAAUGAUUCUAGGCAGGGACCUGUGGCUUUCACCGGUCUAAAGGGGGUGUUCUUCCCAGCUAUCAGUCUGAAUCGUAACACACAGGUUACUUUCCAUCCAGGCUUAGAGAUACCCACAGAUUGUGAUUAAUCGUAGUGAAUCGACCGUAGAGUUGCUAAGCGAAAUACCACCAGGGCAAAAUUUCAUUAAGGUGUUUAGCAGAACGUUGUGCUUCGAAUUUUGUUCUGAUUAGCAACUUUGUGAAAAUGGGCCUAAGACCCAAUUUCAUGAAGCUGUUUCACUGCUAAAGAUGGUAUUCAUGAAAUAAAUGAAUUUUCUUUCUUUUUUUGAUUUUUUUUUUUUACUCCCAAAUUUUUUAUUAGAAUAUAUUUCUAGGGAGUGAGACAAGAAAUGUUUCUUUGAAAUAUUCUUUUGUUCUAAUUCAAGAAUACAAUUUUUGGCAGUGUAAGCAA